AUGUCACGUGAUCGCCCUCUUUCCCGUAGCAGCCAUAUUGUGUCAUCAUGACGAACACAAAAGGCAUACGUCGUGGCACCCGCUACAUGUUUUCGCGGAAAUUCCGCACAAAGGGUGCCAUUCCCUUGUCAACAUACUUCAAAACCUAUAGACGUGGAGAUAUUGUUGACAUCAAAGGAAAUGGUGCCAUUCAGAAGGGUAUGCCACACAAGAUAUACCAUGGCAAGACUGGUCGUGUUUAUAACGUGACUCCCCAUGCUGUGGGUAUCAUUGUCAACAAGAGAGUCAGAGGCCGCAUUAUUGCCAAGCGCAUCAAUGUGAGAAUUGAGCACAUCAGACACUCUGCAUGCCGUGUUGACUUCUUGAACAGAGUACAUGAGAAUGAAAAAAUAAAAAAUGAGGCUAAGGAGAAAGGAGAGGCACCUCCCCACUGUAAAAGACAGCCUAAGAAGCCAAGAGAAGCUCACACAGUCAGGACCAGAUACAACAAGCCACAAACCAUUCAGCCCAUCCCAUACGAGUUUAUUGCAUAAAUAAACAUGGACAUGUUGGCAUUGUAGAAAAAUAAUAAAGAACUUUGAAUAUAGGAAAA